GCCUCAUUCAUAUACUUAUUACGCUCAGGAGAGCACUGUUGCGUGUUGUGCUGUUUGUGCUAACUCUAAAAAGUUUGGGUUCAAUAUCCAGUGACCUAUUAAUGCAAAAAUUGUGUCUAGUUGUCUCCAUGUGGUUUCUUAACUUGUAUUUACAUGUUACGACAUUUGUGAUAAAGAGCUAGCAAGGUUUUCGAGAGAGAAUCUCAGAUUCGUAGUCAUCAAUAGAAUUAAAAUUUUGGAAAAAUGGCAAGUGCAAAUGUACUGGAUCAAAUGGCGAAAUUUGACUUUAAGUCCCCAGUUAAAAUUACUUUAUUAUUUGAAGACAGUGAUGAUGAUCUAGAAAUUGUUAAUGAAAAUCAUCAGGAAGGUAAUUUCGAGACUGAUAGUAAUAAGCAAGAUAAUACAACUCUAGAAGAAAAUAGCAGAACGAAGAAUCUUCAAAUUGAAACGGAAUCGCAACAAAAUUCUAAAGAUUCAAACGAAACCCUCUUAAAACAACUUAUGAACGCUACACUAAAGGACUUGUUGAAUAAAACUUGCCGCACUGGGAACCAAUCAAAAGAAAAUGAGCUAGAUAAAACCAUGCCAAACCUUCAAAUAGAGAAACCAGGCAAUAUUUUCAAUGAGCCUGUAUGCCAAUGCAAAAUUUCUUCUGAGGCUUCUUUCGAGCAACCCACCUGUUUUACUUUUGGAGCUCAAAACGAAACUAUACAGAUUAAACAGUACGCUGCGCAUCAUCAUGACCAUACUACCAGAGCGCCAUCAUCUCUUGGAGGUGAUUUACUAAAUACGUUAUCUGAAAAUUUAAUUAGUGUCAUGGUUUCUUUUUAUCACUAUAGACUAAAUAAAAGAGAUGGAGAUGACUACCAGAAAAGAAAAGAAGCAUUCAUUCAACUCAAAGACCAUUACUUUGAAUUGUCAUACCACACUAUGGUAUCGAUAAUAAUUCCUCAAGAGCAUAACAAAUAUUUUACAAAUAUAUUUUUACAAAACACUGUUACGAUAGCCAAUAAUAAACCUGGAUUAGGAACAUGUCAUAGAGGUCACUUGGAACCAAUUUUUAUUGAAUUACUGAUAUGGUCAAAAUUUAAAAAGUCGAUAAUUGAUCGAAAAGGUUUGAACUUAGGCUUACAUAAAGAACAAUGUUUAAGUAAACCAUUAAGAAACAACUGGCCAUUUUCUGAAACAACUCCUACCCAAAGGCAGCCAAAAACUGACAACGUGUGUGUAUUUUCUUCUAAAAGUACAGGUGUGAAAGUGAAUGUUAAUCGAGAAAUAUUCAUAGAUUGUCUCAAAACACAAAAUCACAACACGGUGGAACGUCAAGGAGUUCAAAACCAGAACCAAGCAUAUGCCACUUACCAAACUGGGUCAACGAAUAGAAUUAAGACACAUGCGAGUGACAAUCAAACAAAUAAUUCACAGAACUAUAAUUUAAAAUUGAAUUGUCGCCUAACUCCAUAUAGUUUGACACAUAAUUCUAGAACCAAUCCAAUUAAAAAUAAGGCGGGACCAAUUCAAGGUUCUCGGAAUAUUGAACAUCUACGUAAGAAUUGCCAAGCCGACUUUCAACUUAGACAAAAGCAAUCAAACAAUGAAAUUCACUCUUCUGGAUGGGUCAGCGCAAUGAAUGAAAACAUCAAUCCUCAAAAUAUGCUUAAUUUAAACUUACAAACUAGAAUGACUGAAGACGUAGCUCCACAAAUGCCAUUUAUAUCCAAUGUUAUGUCAUUGAAUCCAAAAGCCCAAAAUACCAGCAACGGCAGCUGCUGUGUGUGUGGAAAAAUAACGAACAUAGUCUGUUCGAAAUCCAGAAGCCCUUCUUAUUGCAGCUUCCUGUGCCAGGAAUUAGACGGAUGGUGCAGGAAUACAUAAUGCCCCUCGUAAUGUAUCAUAAGCACAAUUCCCAAACAAGACGUUGUAAAUAUUAAAUAAUAUGUAGUCGAAAUAAAAAAUAAUUUAUCGUU